AUGGGGGCCCUGGCACCUCCAGGUAUGGCUUUGGAAGCUUUCUGCGAGAAACCCUGGAGAGCCACUACCAAUCAGUGUAUACAGUACUCAGUUAGAUGGACCAAUUAUCUGACUCAAGAUAAGACCAAAACAUCUAGGAAAACCAAAGAGUGCGUCAAUGCCUGCAAGAUGUCAGAGGAGAAGAAAGCGGCCAAAGCAUUGCCGCAGUCAUCAACUGCUGCACAAAAGCCUAAGAAGCAGUUUCCAAUAGCCCUGGGCUACAAGAUGGAGCAGGCUUUAGUUUCUGAAUAUGUCCCUGUGGUCAUACAUCCUGGAGGACACAAGCCUGAGUCUCUCAGCUUUGCUUUCUACAACCCUAACUACUCCAAUUCUUACACUCCAUUUUACACUUUACAAAAACCAACCUGUGGUUAUCAGUAUUGCCGAGACACAGAUCAUACAAGGAAAGUGUUAGAUGUUGAGAGAGUGAAUAUCCCGAAGUGGAGAAGUGUGGUGGGGAAAAAGCCAGGUGUGUCCAUAGCAAGCUCAAAACACUGAAACUACCAUGCAAUUACAAGGGCUUUUAUAAGGGCAUUCUAAGAUGGAGACU